AAUAAGCAAGAAGCAACUCAUGUACUGUCUUUCUUCGGGCCACUGAUUGUUUGUCUUCUUGACUUCCCUGCUGCUGCCUGCCUGCCUGCCCUGUGUCAAUCGGUUGUCCCGAUCUCGCUCCCAGACGAUCGGAAAGUAGCCGGAGAGGGAAGAUGAACGACGCCGAUGUCUCCAAGCAGAUCCAGCAGAUGGUGCGUUUCAUCCGCCAGGAGGCGGAAGAGAAGGCCAACGAGAUCUCCAUCUCCGCCGAAGAGGAAUUUAACAUUGAGAAGUUACAACUUGUUGAAGCCGAAAAGAAGAAGAUCAGACAAGAAUAUGAACGUAAAGAGAAGCAGGUCGAAAUUCGUAAGAAAAUUGAAUACUCAAUGCAGCUGAAUGCAUCCCGUAUUAAAGUUCUUCAAGCUCAAGAUGAUUUAGUCAUCUCCAUGAAAGAGGCUGCUGCAAAGGAGCUCCUGACUGUCAGCCAUCAUCACAUCUUCAAUAUUACCCAUCAUGAUCAUGUAUACAAACACCUAUUGAAGGAUCUCAUUGUUCAGAGCUUGCUCAGAUUGAAAGAACCAGCUGUUUUGUUGCGUUGUCGGAAAGAAGAUCAUCAUCUUGUGGAGUCAGUUUUGGAGUCAGCAAAAGAAAAAUAUGCAGCUAAAGAAGGUGUUCACCCACCAAAUAUUGUUGUAGACACUAAUGUCUACCUACCGCCUCCUCCUAGUCACCAUAAUGUUCACGGCCUCCAUUGCUCUGGCGGUGUUGUAUUGGCUUCUAUAGAUGGGAAGAUUGUUUGUGAAAAUACACUCGAUGCAAGACUAGAUGUUGCUUUCCGCAAGAAAUUGCCCGAGAUAAGGAAGCGUCUCUACGGCCAGACUGCUGCUUAAUCUGCUGAUCAUAUGUCUUCUCCAUAUGUUUCGAAUAAUGGCUUGUUUCUAGAUUCGAACACACUGGGAAUGCUUUAUCUGCGCAACUUGUAAUUCAACGAAUAAUAGCUAUGACGUCUGUAUUGCUGUAUUUCUUAUCAUGAUUGCUCCACCUAUCCUGGAGUGUCUUUGUUAUUAUUUAUUACUCCGUGAGCAAAUUCACCUGGAAAUAUGAAGUAAAUGAGUUAUUAGUUCAUGACAUA